AUGUCACAGCUCCUCUUUGUUCUCGAGUUCUUCUACAUCAUCGGCCUAGCCGUCGUUAAAGCGUCCAUCCUCUUCUUCUUCUUGAAGAUCUUCCCCAACCGAGGUUUCCGCCGCAUCUUGUGGCUCAUGCAGAUCCUCAACAUGCUCGUGGUGCUAUCCUACGUGGUUCUAUGCUUCGCGCAAUGCCAGCCGUUCUCGCAUUUCUGGAAUGGAUGGGAUGGUGCGCACGAAGGCCACUGCGUCGACUUAAACAGGAUCGGAUUGAGCCACGUCUCACUCAACAUCACUCUCGAUAUCAUCAUGCUUAUUUUGACGAUCACUCAGAUCUACAAGCUUCAGCUUAACAGGAAGAAGAAGAUUGGUGUCAUGGCUAUGUUCUUGGUCGGUGUCUUCCUCACUAUCGUCAGCAUCCUGCGUAUCAAGACACUCAUCGCAUUCGCAACCUCGCUCAACACUACCGCUGACUCAGUGGCUGUCGUUCUCUGGGCCUACGUAGAGCUUGGGGUUGGCAUUGUGGUCGCGUGUAUGCCCAACGUCUGGCAACUGCUAAAGACUUUGCCGUCUAAGGUGAUUCAGUUGUCGACGACGCUUGCUUCCAACAUGAGUCACUCAGGCACUCGCACUCGGCCCAGUUCUCAAAUCUUCCUCGACAAGCGGAGUCCGACCAAGCAGUCGUUCACAGAGAGCUCAUCGAUUCAGGUUGCUUCGGCAUCGUCACCGUCAGUCUCAAUUCAUUGA